GUAGCGUUGGCGGCUAACACUAGCUAACGACCUUUGCUCAAGGAAUUUAGCGUUUAUGCUAGGGACUUUCUUUCAAAGACAUGCCACAGAAAGAUCCGUGUCAAAAGCAAGCGUGUGCGAUUCAGGCGUGCUUACAAGCCAACAAAUACGUGGAGAGCAUGUGUGAAGAUGUGAUCAGAGAAAUGCGGCGCUGCUGUCAAGUUCAUGCUGGAAAAUCAAUCUGCUGCUCCGGGUUCAAAGAUCCGAGACCUGCUGACAUCAAACCCAGUACAUAACGUCUGUCAUUCCAAUAGGAAGAUACAUUGUGUCAAUGUAUCAUUCCAAGAACGAUAUAUUGUAUCGGUGCAUCAUUCCUAUAGGAAAUUGCAUUGUAUCAGUACUCCUUCCUAUCAGAAUGAUAAACAUUAAAUAGGAGGAAACAUUGUAUCAAUGUUAUUUUUAUUGUUGAACAAUCAGAACUGUUGUGCAGUUGUAACGCGAGGCUUGUAAUUUUACUGUAAUAUUAAAGUUUGUUUGAAAUGAAUGUAUUACUGUGUACAAGAAUUUAUCUGCACCUAACUAUAAAUACUGAA